AUCCCUUGCAAACUCCUUACAUCUUUGUUACAAUUCGUCGUCUCUCUCCGCCUAUCCAUCACACCAUGGCAGCCACGGCAUCCACCUCUGAGCUGAAGCUCGACCCCAAGUACGACCAGUACGAUUUCCCAACUAUCUCGCCCACCGCUCAGAAUGGACAUCCCGGCCACACGACGCCCGAGCAAGAUGCUCAGGUCUUCCAGCUGAGGACUGCUCUGGAGCAGGCUGGCUACACCAAGAACCUCGACACCUUGACUCUGCUGCGAUUCCUCCGUGCGCGCAAGUUCAAUGUCGAGGCCUCGAAACAGAUGUUCGUUGACUGCGAGAAGUGGAGGAGCGAGUACGCCGGCUGCGGUGUCGAGGAGCUGGUCCGUACUUUUGACUACACCGAACGACCCGAGGUGUUCAAGUUCUACCCCCAGUACUACCACAAGACGGACAAGGAUGGCCGCCCACUGUACAUCGAGCAGCUUGGCAACGUCGACCUCCCCGCACUCCAAAAGAUCACCUCGCAAGAGCGUAUGAUCCAGAACCUUGUCUGCGAAUACGAAAAGAUGGCCGACCCCCGUCUUCCGGCCUGCUCCCGCAAGUCGGGCUACCUCCUUGAGACGUCAUGCACAAUCAUGGACCUGAAGGGCGUGGGUCUGGGCAAGGCAGCGUCGGUCUACGGCUACCUGGGCGCUGUUUCGGCCAUCAGCCAAAACUACUACCCGGAGCGUCUGGGUAAGAUGUACGUCAUCAACGCGCCCUGGGGCUUCUCGGGCGUGUUUAGCGUGGUCAAGAAGUUCCUCGACCCCGUCACAAGUGCCAAGAUCCACGUCUUGGGCAGCGGAUACCAGAAGGAGCUGUUGGCUCAGGUUCCGGCCGAGAAUCUGCCCAAGGAAUUUGGUGGAACAUGCCAGUGUGAGAAGGGCUGCUCGCUGAGCGAUGCAGGCCCCUGGUGGGACCCCCAGUGGGCACGGGAGCCCAAGUGGGCAAAGAAGAGCGAGGGCGACGCCAUUAACAACGCUGCUCUCCCUGCUCCCACUGAGGCCGGUGCUGGUGGCGCACCCGCACCCGCACCCGCUGGCACCGAGCCGGCCACUGCACCCGCACCCGCCACCACCUAGUUGGUUUCCGCUGGGUGAAGACGGGGGGAGGUUGGCAGCUUUUUAAGAGUGAGACAAUUGUUCUGGCGUAGGGGUGGGAGGGUGUGCGAAUGAUGUUUGAAGUGGCUACAGAGAAGGACCAGCGAUUGCGGCCUAGACAGGUGUGUUGGGUGUUUCGCGUGGGCAGCACAGUAUGUAAAAGCCGUUUAGCAUAUCGGAGCAUAGAGUCAAGAAACUAGCAUCAUGUCAUAGAAGCGUGGAGCCAGAAUUCCCAUUUCC